AUGAACACCAUGCGCAAGCACUGGCAGAACAAGCACAGCUGGUCGCCAUAUCCCAGCCGUGGCCGUACAGCGCCACAAAAGCGUACGGCAGCACAGGAUGAGGUGGACAGAUCAUGCCAGAAGGUGCAGUUCCAGCAGAUAUUUGCAUCGCGCAAGGGCUCCCACUACAUACAGAUCCAGACUAAGGAGACUACUGAGCAUACCGGCACGCCAGACCAGAACAGAGCCAGCCAGGCCAUUGAUGAGCUGGAGCGAUUUUACCAGGAACAGCAACGGCAGACCAGCAAUGUCAUCCAGGCCGGGGAGCACGAUGAAGCCAACCCAUGGCUGCGGCGGACCAGAUGGCCGGUGUACUUGACCAACAUCGCACCCAAUGAUCUGGUCAACUGCGUCCAGCGGCCCGACGAUGACACCACGUGCCCAGAUGAACUGGCCGCGAGGGCCAUCUGGGAGGCCAUGGGUCAGGUUGCCCGUACCAGCCAGCGAGUCAUCACACGGCUGGGCCACUUCGUCCGCAUCGAGGCCAUCCGCACAGAGCGACACCAGACCCGGCACACCCCGUUGCAGGCGUACAUGGACGAGGAGAGCAUCGCCGAGCACGUGAGGCCAUGGCAGCAGAUGUUGAUGUUUUUCGCCCGAACGCAGGUCGAGCAUGAAUGGACGAGCCCACAGUACCGGUUCACACCACGGCAGCGCAAGACAUGGAGGGUAUUAUGGCAGGUAGCCACCACAGAGGGAGCCGACCAGCGACACUCCAUCAGCCCAGACCCCAUGGAUGAGCAGAUGACUGAGGAAGAAGAAGAGGAGGAGGAGAAGGGACAGAGAGAUACCCAGCCAGAAGAAGAAGAUAAGUUCAAAUUAACCAAGAUGCAGAUGGCAUGUUUGGAUUUUUGCAUUGAGCUGCUGAACCAGCGGGUUCAGAUGGAGGAUUAUGAGUGCGCGCUGAUAGACACGUUGGCGGUGCUGGGACGGGGGGAUGAAGACAUCAGAGGCAUCCCAUCAACAAUCAGACAGACAUUCCACAAACAGAAUGUCCAUCAAGGCCGGUUCAUCAUCACACAUCAGCAGCGAGGGCAGAGGGCAUUGAUGGAUGAGGAGGUUUUAGUGGAAGAGGCGCAGAGGUGGAAGGAUCAGUGUUUAAUAUGUGCAAAUGGCAAGCGGGAGUUUGACCAUGAGCUGUACCAGUGUCCCCACGAGGAGAGCCAGGAGGCAAAGAGAUGGAUGAUGACAGUGCGGAGCAAGAUCAAAUACACACGGUAUUCCGGGUGCUUCCGAUGCGGGAUGCCGCAGUCCAUAUGCAACAGCUGGAAGACACAGAGGCAGUGUCCGUACAGGGGAUUUUUGAUCCCGACAGUGGCAAUGAUGAUGUAUGGGUGUCAUGCAGGGCAGAUGAAGCAGGCGUGGAGACAGCGGCUGAGAGAGUUCAAUGUGGAUGCAGAUGAUCAGGAGGCGGUGAUUGAAUUUUUGAGACAGAAGGUUGAGGGGCAGGGCAUGGAGCACAACCGGCUGGUGGAGAUGGUUUGUUGGCUGCGAGGGAUAUAUCAGGAGGCAGAGAGGGGGAAGAUCGAGUUAGAGGUCAAACCCGUUGGACCCAAACCCGUUGGCCGUCGAACCCGUUGGAUGAGCGCAUUAACCCGUUGGAAGUCGAACACGCUGGACCCAACCCGUUGGACGUCGAACCCGUUGGACCCAACCCGUUGGACGUCAAACCCGUUGGACGUCAAACCCGUUGGACGUCAAAUCCGUCCCAGGAGCGCAUUAACCCGUUGGACGUCAAACCCGUCCCAGGAGCGCAUUAACCCGUUGGAAGUCGAACACGCUGGACCCAACCCGUUGGACGUCAAACCCGUCCAAGGAGCGCAUUAG